CUCUUCUCUUCUUUGUCUUUCUUCCUCUCAGACCUUUUCAAUUAUUUCCUUCUCUUCUCAGAACUCUUUGAUACAGAAUGCAGAAGAAGACUCAAGGCAACAAAAAAAACUUGAUUUUAAUGGCUACUACUUGCUGCAAAUACUUUUAAGAGUUGGAAUCUUUUUAGUAUGUUUUCAGGUGUGAGUUUUGUUUCUUAAAUAGAGAUAUCCAUAUCUGAUUAUUACUUUCAAGAUUCUAUUUGAAAAUAAACCAGGAAGAAAAUAGAUUAGGUACAGAAUCAUUUCCUAUUUGAUCAAACUUUAGUAGUAUAAAGAUGGGAAAGAAGAAGAGGAGUGAGAGAGAUAUACAAGAAGUAAUAGAACAAACUGCAGGAGAAAGAGUGGUGGCUUUAGAAGUAGAUGUACAACCUCCGAGAAAGCGAGGAAGACCAAGAAAAAUCAUCCAACAGAGUUUAGAAAUCAAGGGGAGAGGUACUCAAUCAAAAAGGAAGGGGAAAACCAGUGAAGAAGAUGAUGAUGAUGAUGAUGAAGAGAAGAAGACAGAGUUAAUAGAGACGAGGAAAAAGCAGAAAGGAAUAGUAAUAGAAUCUUCUUCAAAUAUAUUGAUGUCAACAUCUUCGUAUCCUGAAAGAGGUGAAGCUGAUAAGCAAAAGCAACAAGGAGAAGAACCAGAACAGCAAGAGAAGCCAAUAGUGGUAAAGAAGAGCAGAGGGAGAAGGAGAAAAGGCCAGCCGCGUAAGAGCUCUAUUUAAAUUUAAAAACAUAAAUAUUAUAUUUGAAAGAAACAGAAACUACUGAAAUUUUCUACAACGAAAAAUCACACCAAACAUCAUCAAGAAUUUAAACUUAUCCAUCAAUCUCUUUGUGUAUUCGAUUAUUCUCGAUUUUUGUUGCAUGAGGCUAUUGUGUUCGAGAAUGCAAUAGAAAGUGAUAUUAUUAUUAUUAUUAGAGUUUGACUCUCCUCCUCA